AUGAUACGUCUGACCGAGGAAAUGUCCAGCCUGAUCAACCGUGCCCGGGACGACGGUUACCCCUGCAUCGUGGCCACCGCCGCGACCGACGGCACCCCCAAUUGCGGUUACAUCGGAACCGUGCUCACCGUGGGCGACGACACUCUGAUCUACCGCGAUCGUACGGGCCGUAACCCGCUGGAUCACAUCGAAGAAAAUCCGAAGGUGAUCGUCCUCUUCCGCAACACCGGGCAGGACGCCGGCUGGAAGUUCCGUUGCACCGCCACCGUCCACCGCGAUGGCAAGGUGUUCGAGGAGAUGACCGACCGCCUGAUCCAAUCGGGUCUGGUGAACGAACGCUACCUGCAGGACAGCGUCGGCGCCAUCGUCGUCCUGCGCAUUGACCAGGUGCUGACCCUGUUCGGAGAACUGCUGCAGCAACGGGAACCCGGCCUCCAGUGGUGA